UGUCGUGGCUCCACCCUCAACACCCAUCAUGUGUGCUCUACAGCCCUGGCCACCCCUGUCUCGACCAGGAGCUACUCAAAGGAAGGGCUGAGUCUCAGCGAGGCGGGGUGACGCUCCAGGAUGGGAGACAAGCCAAUUUGGGAGCAGAUUGGAUCCAGCUUCAUUCAGCAUUACUACCAGUUAUUUGAUAAUGACAGAACCCAACUAGGCGCAAUUUAUAUUGAUGCAUCAUGCCUUACAUGGGAAGGACAGCAGUUCCAGGGAAAAGCUGCCAUUGUGGAGAAGUUGUCUAGCCUUCCGUUCCAGAAAAUCCAGCACAGUAUCACGGCACAGGAUCAUCAGCCCACGCCAGAUAGCUGUAUCAUCAGUAUGGUUGUGGGACAGCUCAAGGCUGAUGAAGACCCUAUCAUGGGGUUCCACCAGAUGUUUCUAUUAAAGAACAUCAAUGAUGCUUGGGUUUGCACCAAUGACAUGUUCAGGCUUGCCCUGCACAACUUUGGCUGACCUCCUCCUGACCACUUACUCAUGCUGUUUCCUCCUCCCUCCUUUUUCUGACACUAUCACACUCCUCCAGAUGCUCCAAAUAUCAUACACAAACAAGCAGGGCCGAGGUGGGAGUAGGUGCAGUGCUCUAUCCCCCCACCAAGGUGUUGUGCAUGAUGUUUGGAUGUUAGAUUAGUUGCAUCUGACAGGAGACGUUUGUGUUGUACCAGCGCAUGCCUUGGAAAGACUUAAGUAAUGCAAAAGGUUGUCUUUUUUUUUUUUUUAAUCUACUGACAAGAUGCUCUAGUAACCCAAAGAAGUGAAGGAGAAAGCAGCUGCCUCACCGCCCAGAUACUGAUUUGUUCAGAUGUUUCAAAUGCCUCAUGAUACAAUAAAACCACAAAAAUUUUCUUAACAGUUUAAAUUGUUUUAAUUAGUUUAGUAGUUGGCUGGGUAUCAGUAACUACCCUGCCCUCAUUGUCUUUCUCAUGUCUUGCCCUCUCACCUCUGCCUCAAAAUUCAGCAGUACUUGCUGCAUUUCUGAAGCAGUACUCCCAGCUAGCUUCUUUCAAGCCUGAGGGCAGGGUUCUCCACAGCCCACCUGAUCUUGGGAAUCCAGAUGGAGAGCUCACAUUGGCCUGACUCUUCUCUUGCACUGAAAACUCUGUAGUUAGCUCUAACGCCUUCUGUGGUUUCUGCUCUGGGCAGAUUCAGGGCUUUACUAGCUGGAGAAAUAAGCCUAAAUCCUAUAGUAGCUGGAGAAGCCCUGGCAAACUUGAUCCACCAGGUCAGGCUCUCUGGCCUUGGCUGUUAGCAUGAUGGAGGAGUCUGCUUCAUCCCUGAAGGGUCAGAAUCAUAUUCAGGGUGCUCCACACUCCAUGUCAAGCAGAGGACAGUUCAGAUCCAUCUGCUUAGGAUAUCGUUACCCACAGCCAGGCCCUGUUGGGUUGGAGUAUAGAUUCUGAGCUAUGGAAGGAGUCACUCUGAGCCAGAGGGAUUCAUUUUAUAGUUCUCAGACCUCUUCAGGGCAUUUCCAGGUUAUUUUCUAUUCCCCCACUAAAUAACAUACAUCCCCACACCACUAUCUACAAAUCGCAAAUCACCUUAACUAUUAGGGCAGUUUCUGUUCCUCAGUUUUAAAGACAGAGGCCUUGCCUAGUACAAAUCUAGCUCCUCAUCACUGAGCCUCUGGAUGGUUGUAAAGGUAGUAGCAAAUAGCAACUGAAGGUUGGAGUCUAACCCAGGAUUUGGGUUAAUACUAUUAGGGGUUUUAGGAUUGAGGAGGGCAGGCACCCUGGCUCACCUGGAUUGGGAUAAAUACCCUCUCUCUCACUAUGGGGUGAGGGUAAUAUUUCCUCAGACCUCAGAGGUUACCUGGCUACACUAAACACAGAGCUACUUGGAGAACAGUACAGUCUGGAGGUUUCAGUGGUACUGAUCUUGUGUAUUUGGGUAGUGGGGGUGGGGGAGAGGUAGAUGCUUGCUGCCUCUGAAACCACCCUGUAUAAAAUCUGCAAUACAGCUUCUAACAUGUACCAUGUACCUGUGCCUGAAAUGUCUGCAAUA